CUCGAGUCUCGCGGUAGCCGAGUUGAGCCCCCGCCGCUGCCUUGACGACCAGAUUCCUCAGGUAGUAGCCGGGCUACGGAGGCCGGGUGGCCAGAAGAGGGAAAGUGCUUAAGAAACACGUAAAGUGGAGUAAUAUGAGCUGCAGUUAUAUAGAAUCUGCAAGAAGACCCUCGGGAAUUGUCUGAAGAAAAGAAGAAUAUUUAGACUCUUCAAGUUCUUCCUUUACACAGCUGUUAAAUCCAAGACAACUGUGGUGAAAGCAUGAAUAAAUAUACAUCUGCUGCAGGAUCAUCCAGCCUACUUGAAAAGGAUCCUGCCUUUCAAGUGAUUACAGUUACUAAGGAAACAGGCCUGGGUUUAAAGAUCCUAGGCGGAAUUAACAGGAAUGAAGGCCCGUUGGUGUAUAUUCAGGAAGUCAUUCCUGGAGGCGACUGUUACAAGGAUGGACGUUUGAAACCAGGAGAUCAACUUGUCUCAGUAAACAAGGAAUCUAUGAUUGGUGUAUCAUUUGAAGAAGCAAAAAGCAUAAUUACCAGAGCCAAGUUGAGGUCAGAAUCUCCUUGGCAGAUAGCAUUUAUCAGACAAAAAUCUUAUGGUGACCAUCCAGCAAAUGUUUGCUGUCCAUCCCCAUUACAAGCUUCAGAAGACUGUGGACCUCAAACCUCAGCAUUUAAUCUUCUUUCCCCUCCUCCUGAAGCACUAGUUCCAAAGACUUCAUCUACUCCGAAGACUCAGAACCCCAUUUUACCUUCGUUUAAAGAAAUUCAGACAAAACAUGGAUACAAUAAAACAGAACAUACUCCAAUUACUUCUUUGGAUAACAGCCCUACAGAUGCAUCCAGUUCAGAUGUUGCUCCUGCCUGGACUGAUGGUGAUUCUGGACCACAAGGAAAGAAGAUUUCCCUAAAUCCUUCUGUACGCCUGAAGGCAGAGAAACUGGAAAUGGCUCUCAAUUACCUCGGUAUUCAGCCAACAAAGGAACAACAUGAAGCCCUGAGACAGCAAGUCCAGGCCGACUCAAAGGGGACAGUGUCUUUUGGAGACUUUGUCCAGGUUGCCAGAAAUUUGUUUUGUUUGCAUUUGGAUGAAAUAAAUGUUGGUGUCCAUGAAAUCUCCAGUAUCUUGGACUCACAGCUUCUUCCCUGUGAUUCUCUAGAAGCAGAUGAAGUGGGAAAACUUAAACAAGAGAGAGAUGCUGCUCGGGAGGAACUGCAUGUGCUUAAGGAGAAAUUACUUGAAUCAGAGAAACAUAGGCAACAGCUAAUAGAAGAGCUACAGAAUGUGAAACAGGAAGCCAAAGCUGUCGCUGAGGAAACACGAGCUCUGCGCAGCCGGAUCCAUCUUGCUGAGGCCGCACAGAGGCAGGCGCAUGGGAUGGAAAUGGACUUUGAGGAAGUGAUCCAUCUGCUGGAGGCUGAGAUCGCCGAGCUGAAGGCUCAGCUUGCUGAUUAUUCUGAGCAAAAUAAAGAAAGUGUCCAGGACUUGAGAAAGAGGGUCACAGUUCUUGACUGCCAGUUGCGAAAAUCUGAAAUGGCUCGGAAAACCUUUAAGACAUCUACUGAAAGGCUCCUUCAUUUUGUAGAGGCUGUGCAGGAAGUGCUUCUGGAGAGUUCUGCUCCUUUCUCAAAUCUAAGUAACAGAAGAGCUGUGAUUGCGUCGCAGACUUCGCUCCCCACGCUGCUGCAAAGGAACGGACGCCGCGUCCCGGCAACCCUGCUUCUGGAAUCCAAGGAGCUCGUUAGAGCUGUUCGUGCCAUACUUGAUGUGGACUGCUUACCUUACGGGUGGGAGGAAGCUUACACAGCAGAUGGAAUCAAGUACUUCAUCAACCAUGUAACACAGACCACGUCCUGGAUCCACCCCAUGGUGAGUGUCCUGAACCUGUCCUGCUCAGAGGAGAACGAAGAGGACUGUCCCAGAGAGCUAACAGACCAGAAAAGCUGAUGGCUUACCCUCAUGGGAAGUGAUGCUUCAGAGUUUCCGGCUUUUCAAUCCAUGUGCACAACCAGAGACAAGACACCACAGCCAGAGAAACUAGAAUCCAGCACAUUCUACCGGACGGGGUGUCAGGUUGAAACUGUGGUUUUCUAUACACAUGUUAAAGAUCAGCUGCCACUACAGUUCCUUGAAAGGAAUUUAGUUGCAUUUGUUAAAGUCAUAUAUAUUUAGAUUUUAUAUGCAUGUAACUUUUCAUAUAUAAUUAGGUCUACAUAACUUAGUAUGUAGUUCAUAAUUUGGUAUUAGAUGCAAUGGUUUUUAUAUCAAAACUUUAUACUGAAAAGCUAUAUGAGCAUAGGAAAGUACUUUUAUCCGAGGAUCCCCCUCUCUAAUCACAGCUUAGGAAAGUGAUCUGAGAACGCUUGGGGUGGGUGUUAUACAGCUACCCCACUAGCUGCUAAAUACAACUAUUUUAUAAUUUGUAUUUUAUCUGCAUCUCAUAGGACACAAUCUAACUUACAUCACUGGGAGACGUCUAUCAUUUACAAAACACUUUCAAACCUCAUUUUAUUUAAACCAAACAGGAUGGCUAUAGGGCUGAUCUGUUGUUUUCAUUCCUGUCUUCUGCUGGAGAAACAGUGAUUAGAGACACAGAGUGUCCUGACCCAGGGCUGAGCCUCACACCUCAUCUCCUGACUCCAUGUCCAGUCCCCUUUGCCCUGCUCCCACUGUCCUCCCAGAGGGAGCCUGCAGUCCAGCAGAGCACCUUCCUUCUGUUGAUGCAGCUGGGCCCACAGCUGUGCAUUCCACAAUAGUCCAGAGGACACCCCACACUCAACCAUGGCCUCUUCGUAACCCCACUCUUCUCCUUCUGUGCCCCCCAUUACCCCUGGACCCCCAGUGACUGCUCUGUGACUGCCCAGCAGGCCGUGUCCCACAGUUCACGUUUCCUAAAAUAAAGAUCCUGGAUCAUGCCAGUGGUUUGCCGUGCUUGGGUACCAUGGCCAGUAGGAGCAUCUAAGGAGAGCCAUAGAAGUAAAGGUAUCUCUUAUAAGGCUGCCCAGGCUGCUUGUAACAGAAUGAAGGCCUAAACCCCAGUAAAGCAGCCCAGCAUUGCUUAGGCAAGCCUAGCACUCCCAAGAACACAGUGUAAGAAUCUCCACGUAAAGGCACUUCUUAAGUGUGUCACUGAAUUCCUACAGUGAGCUAGCACCUAUGCCAGCAUCAGUCACUAGCUCCUAAGCUUUCCACUGAGUUUUACCUGGCAUAUGGAAUCUACAUGGAGAACACACCUGGGUAUUGUGCUCACUCAUGCCUCUCCGCAUACAUUACAGACUUAGGAUUUAAGUUGAAUUCACUUAGGAUUCCUACUUUAUGUCUUGAGGACAAACAUAAAGUCAGUCAAAUACAGACUGGCAAGGAGUCAUUUACCCUGAGAAAGACAGAACAACUGGAGCAAAUGUACCUCUCUCCUCACAGCUGUCUGAACACUAGGAUACUUCACAGGGGAUGGUUUUGAGCAGCCCCAGAGGUGAAUGGGCACUCACACACCUUUCUAAGAGAGCAUCUAUGUUGUGAAAGGCAGAUUCCUUUCAGGAGAUUCCCAUGCCCCACUGGAGAGCUUGCUCCCCUGUUUGUAAGGGAAGCUCAGAUGGGAUCCUGAAGCAUACAGUUUCUAGUCCAUAUAUGUUCAUGUGUGUGUGGCACUCACCGCCUCUCUGCCUCUUGUACCAGUUCCCUCCCUGUUUCUGUUGAAUACAUAAUCGAAAGACCUAUAAAACUCACAGUGCUAUCUCCUGAGCACUCUACACUGCAAUGCGCAGUGAGCAUGUAUUACUUACUAGCUUCUUUUAGGAGUUAGUUCUCCCAGUACAUCUCCCUUAUCUCAACCCAGAAGGCAAGGACCGUAGUGAUCCCCCUUUUGUGCAGAAGCCUAGGUUUAGAGAGAAGUGGUUGUUGCCCAUGGAUCGCACCAUGCCCAUGCUUUGAUACUGGACCUCGAGGCAAGUCUUUGAUGCCAGGGCUUCUUUAAACCAGAGGGCAGAAGUGCUUGGAUUUAGUCAUCUCUGCAAGGCUCCAGAACUCAAGCCUGAGGGACUGACUUCCUGGUUUGUCAGAAAAGAAUUCCACGGGGAAAAGAAUAGCUCUCCAGCAGGUUCUGGUGCAUCGGAGCUUCUCAUAGGAACCUAGCAGAGGAGGUGCAGCCUCUUUAGUAUCCAUGUCCUCCGGAAGGGCAGGUAAGAGACGGAUGCUCAGAGAAUCUCGAAAGGGCUCAGUACAGAUGUGUUUCUGAUCCAGAGAGAACCAUGAAUUACUUUUUGGGAAGUUGAUACUCUAUGACUUAAUUAGCUCUAUCAUUGUGGUCGUCCAUCGGAAAUGCUUCUCCACUCACUCGCCCACUCAUAUUUAGCCUGAGGAACUAAAUAUGGCUGCAUCCCUCCCAGUGCAUGUUUUAGUGGAUUGGCCGUCAGUUCUGCUGCAAGUCUUGCUUUCCUACAGUGACAUGGGAAGGCUUGGCUGUCCUCACUCAUUUGUUCCCACAGAAUGCUCACUAGCCUCCAGCACCGUGACCAGCACUCUGGGUACCAGGGCAAAGUAGGGCAACAGUUAACCAUUUCUUGGGCUGUUUUAAAAAUAAAAUGAUUUUGAAAGUCAGAAUUAUAGUUACCUUUUAACUUCUGAAUUUUAAAAGUAAUUAUUUUCCUUUCAAAAAAAUGAAAGUACUGCGGAAAUAAAUUGGGCUGCAUAAAUAGUCCAUUUCAGUUUCUGGAAGCUGCCAUUCCCCAAUACUUUAGUGAAGACUUUCCCUCAAGGGCAAGCAUGCGCCCCUUUAAAGGGUUAGCAUGUUGUGGUCAUCUUUUAUAGCAAUAUAGGCAUGUUUGUUGUCUUCCAAACGUCUGCAUGAGCUCCUGCCUCUCAGAAUACUUAUUGUCUGUGUGCUCAUUAAUGAAAGCUUAGGCUACUUAAAGUUCCUUCCAGUAACAGUGUCACAGUGAGCUUUUGGGUAUUCUUUAAAACCCUGCACUCAAAAGCUGCUGUCUCUGGUGUGGAGACUUGUGAGUGAGCCACCCUGACAGAGGACAGUCAGAGUUUUGUCACCAAAAGAAGAGCCUGUCCAUCCCUACCUAAAAAUGUGGGUGUUUUAAUCGCUAGGUGUUAGCGUUUCUCUAGCAUCGGAGACUAGCUGGCUGUGAUAGGAGUCCACUAUGAUUCCUUCAUAGAAUGAUGAUGAGGAACGGUUUCUACACUAACAGAGAGAACACUCUCUUACACAUACAGUACAGGAGCCUCCACUUCUCCUUCUGUGGGACAGCAGCAAUACUUCCUCAUGCCCUGACAGUUCAACUCAGCACACACCACCCAAGCACCUACUGGAUGCCCAGUCAUCCAAGGUGUUAGGAUCUUUCCGGGUAGCACAGAUUCCCAAAUCAAAGACUUCAAUAUCCUGUUAUUUGCAUGUGCAAAUACACACAUACACACACACACUACUGAUUUGUUUUUCUAUAUAGGGUAAGAAGUAAGAAAUUUUCCACCCCGGCUAGGAAAGGGUAAGUAGGAAAGAAGGAACAUGCUGGAAGAGGCUCUCCAAUAACAAAUGAAAGGCAGCUGUCAAAAUAGAGAAUCAAAUAGCACACACAUAAAGUGCUUGCAUAAUCAGAAAAUAUUAUCCUUUUGCUAGGGAGAAAUGGGAUAUUUCUCGAUGGUAAGCAAAAUGUAACUUUUUGAAGGGUCAACACACUUGACAUUUUUAUGAUACUUAAACAGAAAGAACUGAACAAAUAAUACAAGCUUUCACAGUCUUGUGUAUCAUUUUCAAGAUGAUGAAAAGUUCAGACUACGCCUGUGGAAUUUAAAGAAUUAAACAGAAUAUGCCUGUGGAGCAUCACUGUAGAAAUGUUAUAGCCAAGAUGUCUUAGCCAUAGCUGUUCACACAUAAUAUCAUUGUAUCAGUAAAAUGAUUUUAUAAAUACUAAA